AUGCCCCUCUCGGUCAGCUGCUGACCAAAACAACGUAAAAUCGGCCGAUAUUCGGCGAUUCCGUGGCUCGGAGACGAAAAAUGAGUGCACCAGCCGUUAACAAACGAUUAGUGAUCUCGCUGUACCGUGAUUUGCUACGCUACUGUGCACAACUCCAGUACACGGACAAGGAUUUCUUCCGAGCGCGGAUACGCCGAGAAUUCCGCCAAUCAGCCGCACUAACCGAUCCCAAGGAGAUCGAGUUCUGCUACAAGAAAGGACGUGCUGUGUUGGAGCGCGCCAGCGUCAUCUAGCUUACUCGGAUGAUCACCAUGCACUGCAGUCGCUACGCUUCUUCGCUUCUCCUGUGGCCUACUAUCGCUCUUCGCGCUUCAACCGCUACUACGACCAUCG